UCUAUACCAACAGGCCACCAAUGAAAAUGCGCAGUGGUUCCCUUCCUCUUCGUCCCCUCCACCUCUCCGCGCGCGCCCCUCACAGGUUCCUGGCAAGAGGGUCUGAAGAGUUCCAACUGCAUGCAUGUAAAACCGACGUGCUGGAGCGCGCGUUCGGGUCCUCUGGUCCGCCCGUUUGGUGAGCGCUGCGUGCCGCGUCCUUGCUCGGUGAAGCGUGACGGGCACAGCCGGGGCGCGCCUGCGCCUUCUGAAGGUGGGAGAGGAGCCUCCGGUGAUUUGGCCGCCUGUAUUUCUCUGCUUUCCCAUUCUUCCCAUGCCUUCCUGGGCCAGGCAGGCCUCCAUUCCAGAGACUCCCAAAGAUGUCAACUCAAGGCCAUACCUGGGCUCGUCAGGUGAAGAAGGGUGAAGAAGAGGACCCACUGGACCAACUGAUCUCCCGCUCUGGCUGUGCAGCUUCCCACUAUGCAGUGCAGGAGUGCAUGGCCCAGCACCAGGACUGGAGACUGUGCCAGCCACAGGUGCAGGCCUUCAGGGACUGCAUGAGUGAACAGCAGGCAAGGCGGCGGGAGGAGCUGCAGAAGAGGAAAGAGCAAGACAGUACCCACAGUUGAGACCCCAAACCAUCUAUCCCCAGAGGAUGGCCUGCAGAAACUAGCACCCAAAGAAAUCCUAAACAGUGGAAGUGUGGGCCAAGAGGUAUAAAACUCCAGAAGUGUCUUUGGAAUUGGGGUUGAGAGCCAGGCAGCCAGCGGUUUGGACAUGACUGUCAUACAGAAGGAGCUAGCACAUUCUCACUCAUCUUGUUCCACAAAUAUUAAAUGUUGACCAAUAUUUGCCAUGUGAAACAGAGUGGGCUUCUACCCUAUAUCCUCAGUGUGCCAAGUACUGAGCUUAUUACAUGGACAUUGCAUUUUAGAAGUAAAUUCACAAUCUAAAGGUAAAUUGGAUACCUAAUCAGGUCUUCAUUUAUUCAGUCAUUGGUUUAACAACAGGUUUUUCUCAGACCUUCUCAUGUGCCAGGUACUAUUGGAAAUUGAUGUGACAAAAUAUGAUCUCUGCCUUACCAUUGUUUAGUUUGAGAGACAGGAAUAAAACAGCACUGGA